AUGGACUUGAUGCAAAGCCAAGACGCCGAGUCACCGGGGCCCAGUUCGGAGAUUAUCGGCCAAAAGCCGCCCAAGCGUGACCACUGCAAAACUUGUCUUUUAGGGAUAUCUAGCUUUUGGCACGGUCAAAAAGACGUCCAGCUGAUGGAUAUUUUAGCAAGUGGUGAAAACUGCCGGGCUUGUGCUGGCAUUGUCAAAUUGCUGAAUCCUCAAAUGAGCCUGCCCAUGGGGCUUACGUUUGCCUUCGGUCCUCUCGGUCCGAGGCCCAUGAUGACACCUUAUCUUCAAGUCGGCAGCUCGGAUGAAAGCCGUACCUACGAGUUCUUCACCACAAGUGAAGGAUCUAAGGACAUACUGCCAGCACUCGCAGGCGUUGCCAGGCGUUAUGGGGAACGGCACGGCAAGACGUACUUGGCAGGUCUUUGGAAAGAAGACCUACCAGGGGCUCUGAUGUGGAAAAAGUGGGGGAACGAUGUACUGUUACCGAGGCCACUCCAACACGUCGCUCCCACCUGGUCGUGGGCUUCAUUGCCUCCAAGCCCUUUUCACAAUAUGGAGCCCGGGCCCUCAAGUACUGUCCGUUUUCUGGGCAGCAGCAUCCAACCACACGAUUCUGACGUUUACGCAGGUGCCCGCCAUCUUGAGAUCACACUUGAAGGACCAGUGCUGGAUCUUAAGAUUUAUAAGCAGAACUUGGACUCUGAUCUGGUCGGAAGCAUAUCCGAAAACAUCAACGGCAUCGUGCUGCUGAAGAACCACAACACAGAAAGCGGUGUAGCGAAGUUCGAGCGCAUCGGGUCUUUCACUGAUCAUGAAUUUGUUCACACUUCGUAUGUGGAUGAGUCUAAUGAGUUCGCUGAGUACUGUGGAGGCAACCUUCCUCCAAAUUUGGGUGCACGUAUGGGAGGACGCGCUACGUGGCUUAUGGAAAGAGCAGAGACACGACAGGUCACGCUUAUUUGA